UUACGUACAAUGUGCAAAUUGUCGUGAACAUUUCUCGCUCCGAAACAGAAAAUUCAGGAAAUUGUUCAUUUCCGUCUUCAAUUUUUUGCCGUCGCUCACUUAUGCUUACUGACUUGUUCUACUCGACAUUUGGCUGCUUGUACUCGCCCACUAGCACAAUGGAUGUGAUGGGAACAGCCAGAAGAAAAACUGUGGUUAGACUUAAUGUCUAUGAUAUGUAUUGGCUGAAUGAUUACGCAUCGAACAUUGGCGUUGGCAUUUUUCACUCUGGAAUCGAAGUUUUCGGUGUCGAAUACGCAUAUGGUGGACAUCCUUAUCAGUUCUCAGGAGUCUUCGAAAACUCACCACAAGAUGCGGAAGAACUUGGCGAAACGUUUAAAUUCAAAGAAUCGAUUGUUGUUGGAGAAACUGAGAGAUCUACCAGUGACAUUCGGAAGCUUAUAAAGUCCCUUGGCGAGGAUUUUCGCGGAGAUCGUUAUCAUCUAAUUUCCCGUAAUUGCAAUCACUUCAGUGCAGUACUCGCUCGUGAGCUUACUGGCAAGGAUAUUCCGGGUUGGAUCAAUCGAUUGGCAAACUUGAGUGGAAGCAUUCCAUUCCUUGAAAAGUGCAUCCCACAAGAAUGGCUUACGCCAAUCGUGUUGCAGGCCUCUGUCGAUGAGAAGAAGAGAGGAUCAGUAGAUUCAGCAGAAGAAGCAACUGAGAAACUAGUGGUUCGAUCGCUGAAUGACUCCCGCACUACAAUUCUUGAUAAUCGAACCGCAAAUGGAGCCAUAAUAAUGUCAGCUUCUUCAUCAAAUUCUGAUCGUAUCUGCAUGUCCCCAUCAUCUUCUUCUUCUGCUUCAUCCUGUGAUACUCUUGACUAUGACGAUCUUAUUGUUCAAACACCGUCUACGUUUUCAAGUGAAAAGAAAUCUCGUAGCAACUCACCGCCAAUUUUCCGCAUCUGGAAUACUAUCAAAGCAACAAUAAACGGAACUCAACAGACAGCUCCUACCGGAGCCGCAACUGUGAUUCCAGCCUCUUCGGCCUCAAAUAUUGGAAAAACGAACAGUACGCCUGGCACAACAAGCAAUGGUCUUGCAAAACCAACAUGUUCUGAAUGUUAGAGAUAUUCCUCGCCGAGAAUUCGUUUUUUUCAGUGAUUGAUAGCUGAAGCCGUCAUUCUCGUCGUUUCCUAUAAUUCCUGAUAAAUCUUCCUACCCUCCCCUUAUUGCCUUUAAGUUUCAUUCGAGGUAUCUAAAAUGUAUAAAUUUAUUUGAUUUUCUCUUCACCACUUCCCAGCCAACUCAAAUGGUUUUCUUGUGUAACAUCGGAUAGUUUUUUGGCGUUUUCUUGCCUUUUCUCUAAACGGCUUCAUUGAAACAUUAUAUGACUAUGUUAUAAGUUUUCCCCCCGAAUUGUGUGUAUUUAUGAACCUACCACUUCGUUUCUUUUUCCUUCCUGAUCCGCUCAUCAGUCCUCAUCACCUCUUUGCCUUAAGUUUCCCCAAAAUGCAUUUUCAGUCAAUUCAUCUUUCAUCGACCCUCAUUAUAUACACAAGUGUCUUCCCUAUUUAUGAAUCUAAUUUCGAACUUUUAUCAAAUGUGAUAUUUUCUUUUUUAUUUGGGAAGUGUACUUCCCAAUUAUUUCAGAAUUUAAUCAUAAAUUCAAAAAAGCGCAACUGCAUUCAUUCAAUCGAUAAAGGGACAGAAAUUUA